CUUGACUUCUCUCUCCACGGCAAGGUGACUUCCAAUAUUAGAGCUUCAGCUUCCUAUAAAUUUGGGGACAAAUUCAACGCAUCAUUGAUAAUAUCCAUCACCACUUUACUCCGCUGAAUUCUGUGUUAGAUGGCUUCAAUCUUGACAAGGAUGCCUUCCCCACCGUUGAUGGUGGUCAAUGGAAGAAAACCCAUUUCUGGGACGCCUCAGAGAUUCGCAUUUCCGACAGCCAGAGUAGAGAGACUCCAUCGCUUUGGAGUGAUAGCAAAGGCCACUGGAGAAAGCUCAGAAUCUUCGAUUGGCAAGUCCAUUCAGGAUAUUUGGGAAAAUUCUGAAGAUCGGGUGGCUCUGAUUGGUCUAGGAUUCGCUGGUGUUGUUGGUUUCUGGGCAGCGGUUAAUAUUGUGACGGCCAUCGACAAACUUCCUGUUGUUCCAAGUUUGCUUGAGCUCAUCGGGCUGUUGUUUGCUUCGUGGUUCACAUACCGAUAUCUCUUAUUCAAACCUGACCGGCAAGAAUUAUCUCAAAAAGUCAGCAAGUCAAUAUCAGAUAUAUUGGGGCAGUAAUGUGAAGAUGCACACAACUUUCUACCUCAUUUUGUGACAUGUGUGAUUAUAAAAGGAGAGGUGAUCCGUGUUGUAUUCUGUGUAAAUGUGUAACUACUUCCUACCUCAAUUUGUACUAACAUACUGUGAUUGUGAUUGUGAUUAUAAAUGGAGAUUCGAAUC